GUGUGUACCGAGCAGAAAAAAAGAGGAAUGGCAGCGCGCGGAUGCGUUUUUUUUUUAACGUGCGUUUCUGCGCGCGCGCAUGACUUUCCCCGUAGCUAAAGCCGUAGCGGCUCUCUCUCAGUGUGCAUGUCGAGCUUCAGCCGAAGCUGAAGCACCCGGCCAGAGCGGCACAAAGAUGCGGUGCAUCACUUAACUUCUAGCUCAUACCAUGGUUUGAACACCUUCAAGGUUAUUUUUCAGCUAGUCUCAAAAUGACGACACUGAUCUCGAGGUGAGAAGCGCCGUUUGCCUGUACCGAGGAGAGAGUGCGCACUGCUUUCUUGCAUUUUUUUUUUUUUUUUUAAUCCAAAGGGAAAUAAGCCAAGAUACAUUUCUUGUUGUUGUUGCUGCAAUACUAUAGUUUUUCGACAGUUUUUUUCUUUUCUUUUUACGGAGCAAUGACGACGGGACAGGAUGAAAGUUCAGUCCGCGUGGCACUGAGGAUCCGUCCUCAGCUGCCCAGGGAGAAGAUCGAGGGAUGCCACAUCUGUACAUACGUGAUGCCUGGAGAGCCUCAGGUCAUCCUGGGGAAGGACAAGGCCUUCACGUACGACUUUAUGUUCGACAUGGACUCCCAGCAGGAUGCCAUCUACUCCACCUGCACUGAGAAGCUGAUCGAGGGCUGCUUCGAGGGCUACAACGCCACCGUGUUUGCAUACGGACAGGCAAGCCUUUGUGUUCCAGCCCGCUGCAGCUGCAGCACCGACGACGCUUUUAGCCUCGCUGGUGGAACAUAUUUCUGUCUGAGCUCAUCUCUUUGUGAGGAAAAUGAGAAGAGGUUGCUGGGGAAUCUGUAAAAGAGAAUAUGUUUGACAUUUUAAGCAGAAAAACUGGAAAUUUACAUUUUAGUUUCUGACUGGAUAGCAAUAGUUUUACAAGGAAUGUAAGUUUGGAACAUAAAAUUCAGAUUGUGAGAUUAUUAUACACAAUUGGUGACACUGAUUAUCUCUUUAGUUUUAAGGUGUCACUAUGGAAACCAGUAGGUUCAAAUGUGAGGGAGUUCAAGCUUAUUUUGGAGUUAAGUUGAUUUGUUUGUGCUGCACAUACAGGUAUAUUAAAAAAUUUGAAUAUUGUGUAAAAAAAAUGUCUCAUUUCAG